AAACCGAAGAUGUUCAAGAAACAACCCUCGCUCUCUUCCGUAUCAAAGAAGACAACGAAUCUUCCUAUGAGAGAACAUACCAUGUUUAAGAAAGCCUCCGAGCUUUCAAUCCUGUGCGAUGUCGAAGUCUGUGUUAUAUACUACAACCGUGACGGAGAACUCGUCAGGACAUGGCCGGAAGAUCAAUCCAAGGUUCGAGACAUGGCGGAGAGAUUCAGCAAACUCAACGAUAGGGAGAGACGCAAGAAAAGCACAAACCUUUCUCUGUUUCUGAAUAAGAAGACCGGCCUCAAAGACAAGAAGACAUCUUUUGAUAUCACGGACAACAGAUUCUCUGAGAAAGUUUUGGAGAUGGAGGCUUCGUUAGAGAGUUCUCUACGGGUGUUACAAGAUAAGCUUCUUCGGUUACAGAACCAGACGGAACCCAAUCAGAAGAACCAUGUGGUGUCUUCCGGCGGCUUCUUCACACCAGAUCCAUCAUUGAUGAGCGGAACAGAGCAAGACCUAUCGACGCCAUCAUUGACUCAACAACAUCAGAGCAAAUUUUCAGUCUUUCUCUAUAACCAUGACAACGGUAGCUUCUGCCAACUCCCUGACUCCUCUGUUUCUACCUUUGACCCAUCGACGAGUUCGGCUUCACUUGGGACAACUUUGUUGUGACCAAUUUAGAUUUUAGGGUUUGUAAUAAGUCGAGAAUUUUUGUUAUUAUCUUUUGAAUAAUUGUAUGUUUUGGUUAGUAUGAAUGCAUUUUUUUUUUCUCAAGUUUUGUAACAUAGUCUUGGCUUCGGCUUCGGACAGAUGAUAUUGUUAGAACUAUCACAGUUUUGCAACUUGAAAAUAGAACUUCUACCACAGUUUUGCAAUUUGUAUUGUUUGCAAGACCACAGUUUUGCAAUUUGUAUUGUUUGCAAGAC